AUGUCGCCUCUGAAUCACACACCGAAGUUGGAGAGUAAGAAAAAGGGCAAGAAGGAGGAAGAGAUGGAUGACGUCAAGACCCUCAUCUAUCACCGUGGCCAAAUCAAGAGGAAGGUCACAAUGAUCAACCAAACCCUGGAGGAAGCAGAGGACGAUCCGACGAAGAUUACGCCUUCACUGCUGAAGGUCUUCGCGAAGAGGCUGGAGCUGCACUACCAGGAGUACGAAGCAGCUCACCGAGAAGUGCUGGAUGCUACACCGCCGUCCAAAUUCGAGGAACAGGGCGAAAUGCAGAUGGCUUUCGACAUGCUGCAUAUCGAAGCGACGGAUCGACUCGAGCGGCUCUCCACGAAGCUGACUACCGGUGGUGCCCCUGCAAUGGCAACCGGCAACUCACAGGUCAUCAUCCAGCAACAACCGUUGCGAGCUCCGAUUCCCAGCUUCGAUGGGAAAGUGGAGAAUUGGCCGAAGUUCCGAGCAAUGUUUGAGGACAUCGUCGUGCGCAGCAACGAAUCCGACGCCAUGAAGCUGCACCAUCUUGACAAGGCCCUACUCGGCGAAGCGUCGGGAUGGAUUACAGCAAAGAUGAUCCAGGAGAAUAACUUCCAGCAGACCUGGAAGCAGCUUCAAGACCAGUUCGAAAAUCCUCGUGUGAUCGUUGACACCCAUCUGGCGGGUCUCUUGGAGCUGAAGCCGAUUGCGAAGAGGAACCACAAAGACCUGUUGGAGCUGCUCAAGGCGGUCAACCGGCACAUCGGAGGACUAGAGUACCAAGGCGUAAAGGUUGACGCGAUGUCUGGUCUCUUGCUGACAAAGAUCGUCACGGCCCGACUGGAUGACCAGACACUUCAGCUGUGGGAGAGGACCCAGGAGCACGGUAAGCUGCCUGACUUCGACAAGACAAUGCAAUUCCUGCAGAACGAGUGUCAGGUGUUGGAGCGAUUGCAGAACCGUCAACACCAAGCAUCUACAACGAAGGAAGGAAGCUUCAGGCCAUCCAACACGAAGUCUACAAGCCAGAAAGUGCACGCUGCAACCCCGACGAGCAAACCCCAGCGUUGUCUUCUGUGUAACGAGGAUCAUCGCCACUUCGAGUGCCCUACGUUCAACAAGUGGACCACCGCGCAACGUACAGAGAAGAUAAAGGAGUUGAACCUAUGCUUCAACUGCCUAAGUCCAGGACAUCGAUCCGCCAAGUGCCCAUCCAGGAAGACUUGUGCGGAGUGCCAGCGAAGGCACCACACGCUUCUGCAUGAGAUCCCGAGGCCAUCACCAGAGAAGCUCGCUCAACCGGUACAGCAGGCAAGCACAGCUCCAGGGAACCAACCGGCGUCGCCAUCGCAGUUACCUUCUCGAUCAUCGUCAAACACGGCUGUUCCGAACAACCAACCGUUGGAGCAGAAGACGGUGAUGCUCAUGACAGCUCUGGUGAAUUUGCGAGACCUCUGCAACAGGAAGGUACCCUGUCGUGUGCUUCUGAAUUCGCAGAUGAGCUUUAUUUCACGGAGUAUGGCAGAUCGUCUAGCGGUACACCGGGCUCCAACGCUUGUACCAAUUACGGGAGUAGGUGCAACCAGGACUUGCGCUCAUGAGAAGUUGACAGUGGCAGUCGAAUCCAGGUACACUGACUUCUCAACGAUGGUCGAAUGCUUGGUGAUUCCCAAGGUGACAGGAGUCAUCCCCACCACCCAGCUGGAUAUCUCGGAGUGGCCGAUUCCGACAUCUGUGUUUCUGGCUGAUCCCGAGUUUAAUACGCCUGGCCAAAUCGAUAUGCUGCUUGGCGUAUCCCAUUUCCUCCGACUGCUCAAAUUGGGAAGAAUCCAGCUGCGAGAGGACUUGCCCGACCUCCAGGAGACGCAAUUUGGAUGGGUGGUCGCUGGUGACGUCGAGGAAGAACAGAACGAUCAGCAGUGCUACGUAUCCACAGCCAGCACACUCUCCGAGACCAUGAAAAGGUUUUGGGAAGUCGAAGAAGUCAACGAUGCUGAUCAACCUACGGACCAGGAGGAAUGCGAAAAGAAGUUUCUGGAUACCCACUAUCGAGACGUGGACGGCAGAUAUGUUGUGUCGCUGCCUUUCCGAGAAUAUCCUCCCCAGCUGAAGGACAACCGAGAGUUAACCCUGCGUCAUUUCUUUUCCCUCGAAAGGCGGAUGAAGAAAGAUCCUGCUCUCAAACUCCAGUACAGCAAGUUCAUCGACGACUACGAAGCCCUGGGACACUGCCAAGAGAUCAUUGAGGAUUGCGAUGCACCGAGGCGACCCCGGUACCACAUGCCCCAUCAUGCGGUACUUCGUCCAUCGAGCUCCAGUACAAAGCUUCGUGUGGUGUUCGAUGCAUCAGCCAAGGCUUCGCCAUCUGACGUUGCUUUCAAUCAAGCUCUUCUGGUGGGAGCAACAGUGCAGAACGACAUUUUCGUCAUCCUCGUUCGCUUCCGGAAGCACUUCGUUGUGUUCACGGCUGAUAUUUCGAAGAUGUAUCGACAGAUCAAGGUAGUUCCAGCCCAUUCGUGCUUUCAAAGGAUUUUCUGGCGAGAUGAUCCUGCGCAACCUCUUCGGGUCGUGCAGUUGACAACGGUAACGUAUGGAACAGCGUGCGCUCCAUUCCUCGCGACAAGGUGUUUGUUGCAGCUGAGUAUCGACGAGGCCGACUCCUUCCCCAUCGCUGCGAACAUCAUCCGAGAAGAUUGCUACGUCGACGACAUCUUAUCUGGAGCUGAUACCGUAGCCGAAGCCAUCGAAUGCCAGACCCAGCUUAUUGGAAUGCUGAAAUCCGCUGGGUUCCCUGUCCAUAAGUGGAGCUCCAACUCUCCGAAGCUACUUGAAUGCAUCCCUGAAUCAGAUCGUGAGGAGUUGGUGAAUCUGACUGACGGCUGCGAAGGAGUCAUGAAAACUCUAGGUUUGAUCUGGAGUCCGCAGCGGGAUGAGUUUGCAUUCAUCGCUAACCAUCUUGCUAACGAAUCCAAACCACCGACCAAGCGAUCUGUCCUUUCCGAAAUCAGCAAGCUGUUUGAUCCGAUUGGUCUUCUGUCCUCGGUAAUCAUUAUCGCCAAACUCAUCAUGCAGAGGAUUUGGCUAGCAGGAGUUCCGUGGGAUUCGAAACUGGAAGGCGACUUGUUACAAGAAUGGUUGCAAUUUCGAACUUCCCUUCAACAAGUAAGUAGCAUCACAAUUCCUCGGUGUGUCGUAACACCGAACUACAUCGCUGUUGAGGUGCAUGGCUUCUCGGAUGCAUCGAAACUGGCAUAUGGAGCAGCGGUGUAUCUGCGCAGCAUUUUCCCUGACGGAUCCGCAAGUCUAAGCUUGCUGUGCAGCAAAUCGAAGGUGGCUCCUACAAAGCAAGUUACCAUUCCCCGUAUGGAGCUGCUGGGAGCGUUUCUCCUGGCUCGACUGGUUUCCAAGGUCCUCGGAUCGCUCGACUUGAAGGUGGACAAUACCAUUCUCUGGACGGACAGCCAGAUAGUCCUCGCUUGGCUGAAGAAACCACUGACAUCCCUUCAAGUGUUCGUCCGGAAUCGUAUCGGGAAAAUACAUGAGCUCGCCGGCCCGCUGAGUGCGCAAUGGAAGUACAUCUCAACGAAAGAAAAUCCGGCAGACAUCGUGUCACGAGGACAACUACCAGAAAGUGUAGAGUACGAGGCGGAGAUCCCAGCAGAUCUGCCUGACGAUGUCAUCCCGGAGAUUAGAGCAACACCGAUCAUCGCAGCGUUGGCCAUCAACCAAGAUGAGCUGCCUGUGUUUUCGAAGUACAGCUCAUUUCGGAAACUACAGCGUGUGACUGCUCUAGUUCAGCGAUUUAUUCGGAACUGCCGAAUAAAGAACGCCUCACAGCGCGUUACCAGUCAUCGUCCUACGAUUCCAGAGUUACGAGAGUCUCUGGAACUCAUCGUGAAGGUUAUCCAGCAUGAGAAGCUAGCGGAUGAAAUUCAUCGCAUGGAAGCCAACGAGCCGUGCAAGCGAAUCUACGCGCUGCAUCCUAUCUACUGCAACGGAGUUCUACUACAAAUUCAGUUCGUGUUACCAAAGCAUCCGAUCAACGACCUCAUCAUCAAGGCCUACCACGAGGAGCUAAUGCACAUCGGUCCCUCUGGUCUACUGGCGGCCCUUCGUCUGAAGUUUUGGCUGCUAGACGGACGAUCAUCCGUACGGAAGAUUACGAGAUCCUGUGUCCACUGUUUUCGUUCCAAACCAAAGGGGUCCAGCCAGCUAAUGGGAAGCUUGCCGUCCUGUCGAGUGACCCAAGCACAUCCAUUCGAAAGGACUGGCAUAGACUACGCAGGCCCGGUACUGGUCAAGGAGGGCCGGUACAAACCACGACUUGUGAAGGCCUACAUUGCCGUAUUUGUUUGCAUGGCAACAAAGGCGGUUCAUCUGGAGUUGGUCUCCGACAUGACCUGCGAGGCCUUCUUGGCAGCAUUCCACCGGUUUACCAGUCGGCGUGGCUUGAGCAAGGAAGUAUAUUCCGAUAAUGGGAGUAACUUCAAGGGUGCCAAAUCGGAACUGCGCGAGCUGUAUCAACUCUUCCGAAACCGCGAAACUGUUAACUACAUCGAGGAGUAUUGUCAACCGAAGGAAAUCGCCUGGCAUUUCAUCCCUCCCGAAGCACCGAAUUUCGGCGGCCUUUGGGAGGCUGCGGUGAAAAGUGCCAAGUACCAUCUGAAGCGAACUUUGAGAGAUGCCAAGCUGACUUUUGAGGAAUACGCUACGGUAUAA